ACGCUGAAUAAACGUAUGGCGCUCAAGAGGAAUAUCUGAUUGAACCCAUCCUAUUGAAUUCGGCCCGACAACGAAAUUUGUCAUUAAGCAAUAUUGCUAACUGGACAAACGCUGAGACGAUUGUCAACAAAUUCUUAUCCAACGGUCCCUGUUGGUAUGUAUAGAGGUGCGAUUUAACAAAUGUACAUUUUCUUGUACCAGGCGCCACCGUAAAACGAAUCUCAUAUUUACAAGCGCUGUCAUUUAAGGCACGGAAUGCAGGAGUAUGCCGAACAGUCCGUAAACUCCUCCGCGCUGGUAUUCACCACGCUGAGUAUAGCUUUAUGGUUGGCUUAUGGAGUACAGUACAGUCGAAUACAGCGAAUGCGGAUCCGCGGCGGAGGGACGGAUGGAGGAAAUCUAGUCCCAGCAGGUUUACCGCUCAUUCUAUUUAUGCAGACCCUGAUCUUUGUUGCCCAGCUCGUAUGUUUCUAUAACGCGGUUGCUUUCAGCAAGAUUUCGCGGGAUACAGAGUUCCAAUACGAUGAGUUUGUUAUGUCACUUCAAUGGUUUCCCGGUGUGUGCGCCGGCGGCCGAACGGUCGAGCAUCAGAUGUGCAACGUGACAGCCAAAAAAAACCAUUGGACGAUCCAGAGCCUCAUGACAGACGAGACUCGUUGCGCAUCAAUCUCCUACUUUAACCGACAUCUCAAAUCUCUCAACAAGGAGAAAUUACGCGAGCUUUGGCCGUCGUACAUGAAUUCCUUCUCUGAUGAAAAGCUAUGGGACGAAGAAUGGUUCGAGCAUGGCACAUGCUGCAAAGGCCAUCAUGAAGUAAACUCUGUACUGAAGUAUUUUGACAAGGCGAUACAGUUGUAUGAAAUGAUAGCAAUAGACAGCACGUUGAAUACCAGCGGUAUUAAUCCAUCGACAACUAAAAGGUUGAGCUUAAAUGAACUUGCGCAAGCUUUAGACAAGGUUAAUGGGCACACGGCUGUCAUAUUAUGUCGAAAGGCAGGCCAGGUGCUCACGGAGAUUCAGAUCUGUUUCGACAACGAUUUUAAUUUGAAAGACUGCACGUGGCAACCGCCUCGUAUAUGGGAAAAAAACCGAUCAGAAAACCAUCCUCAGGACAGUCUUACUAAAUGCGGCGACAAGUUUUGGUAUUAUCCCACAAGCUUGCCCCCAGAGGGUGAUGCCGUCAUAAGACAAACCAGGUUAGAAGCAUUAUUUGGGAACGUACGUUGGCUACGGAAAAUAAUAUCAUAGUAUUAUACUCGACAGAUGAGACUCACUGAAAACCACGCUGAUCGACGUUUCCCAGCAAGGAACUUACGAAAAUAAUUGAACGCCUACACAAAGAAUUUGAGUGACACCGACGCUCGUAAGAUAUCAUGCAAAGAGGCUGGCAAGAAGCUGUUUUUUUGAUCGACAACUUAACAAAAAUUACCAAAGUAAAAUCGUGUAACGAUCAAUGGA